AUGGCUCAUAAACAUCCUGAAGACUUUUCAAAGAUUUUAGAUGACUUAAUUUCAGAAUUGGAUAUAAUCGAGAAAAGUGGUAUUGAAAUCUUUAGUCAAAUAGAAAAUUCAUUUUCAUAUCCAUGUCAAAUUUCUUCCAUAGCAGCCGAACUAAGUACUCUUCUUGCAGCAAUCCAGCAUUUUGAAAGCCGUGCACGUUCUAAUGGAAUAACAAGUCUUUGUACAACUUCUGAUCAAGUUGAUGCAACUUCUACAACAAAUACACCUAUGACAAAACAAAGGCUAAGUGCUAUGAUUGAUGAAAGAAAAUUAGCUGCGGAUGAAUUGUCUAAAGAAUCAAAACGUAUCGCCGAUAAUGCUAGAGCCGAAUUAUUAGGUUAA